AUGCAACAACAUCAUAAUAUACUUAUUUCUCCAUCCAGAAUCACUGUUUAAUAAAAAACUCCUAUCUCCAAAAAUACCUUGAUCUCUCCUUAAAGAUUCCCUAAUAGAAAAAUAUCUCAAGGUCUAAUUGAAGAUUUUGUUGUUAAAUCCAAUUACAUUACCAAAACUAAUAAUGGUAGCUUGACUGAAAGAGUUAAUAGUCUAUAAAAAUCAUAAAAAUCUAUUUCCAAAGAUAAAAACAGACCUAUUACUAAAUAAUUACGUAUUCCAACUGAAAACUUUUUUCAUAUUACUAAAGGUGUUAAUUUACUUCUAACUCAAAAAAACUCCAAUCCUUAAUAAUAACAUACUUAAUAACUUAAACCUAUUUAAGGCUCUAUGACUAGAAGAAAUAGUAUGGAAGAACUAGUUGGUACUACUAUGUACACUGGAAUCACUAAAUCAUAAUCUUAAGAUAAAAUUUAGAAAUAAGAGAUCUCUAUCUAUAUUCAUUUCUCAUAAGAAGAAAUUCAAAAUUAUAGAUUCACUCCCAAUGUUACUACUGAUAAAAUUAUUAAUCUCUUGAAAUAAAAAUAAUACAAUAACAAUUCCAUUAUUGGUUUCUCAACUUUAGAUGAAAACUAUGCUAUUGAUUACUAUUUAUAAUAAAAUAAUUUACCAAUGGAUUCUUUUCUUAAUAAAACUAUUAGAUUAAAACCUAUUUACUUUCAAAAUAUUAAAAGAAUUAAUCUAAGUACUUUUUUAUUUAUUUCUAUUAUUGGUAAAGGAGGAUUCUCUACUGUUAUCCUAGCUAGAUCUCUUAUUGAUGGUAAAUUUGUUGCCCUGAAAUUAAUUAAUAAAUAAUUCAUCUAAUAACAUCAAAAAUAAGAUUUAAUAUUAAAUGAAAGAGAUAUUCUUAUUUAAAGUACAUAUAGUGGUUCUAUUUUUACUAAUCAAAUUGAAUGUGCAUUCGAAACCAAAAAUUGGAUUGUUUUUGGUAUAGAAUAUUGUCCAGGAGGAGAAAUGUUUAACUUUAUUAAGAAACUCUAAAGAUUAUCAGAAUAACAAGCUAAAUUUUAUAUAAUUGAAGUAAUCUUAGCUAUUGGAUUCUUGCAUAAUGAAUAAAUUAUUUAUAGAGACAUUAAACCUGAAAAUAUUCUAAUUGAUUCUAGUGGCCACAUUUAAUUAGCUGAUUUUGGUUUAGCUAGACCCAAUAUGAAUAAGGAUACAUGUGCUUAUUCUUUCUGUGGUUCACCUGAAUAUAUGGCUCCAGAAAUGUUUUAAACAGCAGGACAUACUUAAUUAGUUGAUUAUUAUUGUUUAGGAUGUCUAUUAUAUGAAUUCGUUACUGGAUUGCCUCCUUUCUAUUCUGAAGAUAAAAAUAUCAUAUAUGCCAGAUUACUCAAAGAAUAAGUUGAAUUCCCAGAUUAUUUAAGUACAGAUAUUAAAGAUUUAAUAAGAUAAUUAAUGAUUAAAGAUCCUAAUAAAAGAUUAGGUUCACGCUUUGGAAUCGAUGAAAUCUUUUCACAUAGAUGGUUUAAAGAUGUUGAUUUACUUUCUUAUAUUAAUAAGUAAGUUAAACCUCCAUAUAUUCCUGAUCUACUCAAAUUAAAUAUCAAGUAAAUGAAUUCAAAUGACAAACAUUUCUUUGAAUUAUUACAAAGAGAACAAAAAUUAAAUAUUGCCUUCCAACCUAUGUUCUCUUCUCAAUUUUAUUUUACCAAAGAUUUAGAAAAAAAUCAAAAUAAUCCCACAAUAAAUAAAGCUAUUAUAGAUAAAUUAAUUAAAAAAACUCAAAAAAAAAAUACAAAGUAAGGUUUAACAAAUCUUUAGUUAUAAACAAACUUUGAAAAUCUUCUUAAGCAAACAUUUACUAAUGCGAAGUCAAAACCUGAAAUAAGGAACAAGUAAUAACUUCAAUUUUGA